UCAGGAACUUAAUGUUUUGGAAUAAAUGGAGAACUGUUAUUGGCUUUUGGUGUUAAAAGCUAAACGUCAAAUGGCUAACUAGAAAAUUGAGACUAAAUGAUCAGUGUUUUCUGCUGGGCUGAAUUUAGCUUAGGAGAGCAGAAUCUUUUGACCAAUGACUGGGGUGUUUGUUUAUCUGUUUAAUUUCAUAUUCCUUUGUUUCUGUCGAGUCAUGGGUGAUGUAGACUGUGAUCUCGCUGGCUUUAUUGGCUGUGUGCUGCCGAACUCGAGUGCUAAUGAUCUGGUAUUGGAGGCUCUCCAGACAUUAGGUGUGGAAUCCAUAGAAGAUCUGAAUUAUAUCCAGGAGGCAGACCUGGUCAAUGUCCUGAGGCCAGUGGAAGCUAGAAAACUCAUUGCACGUGUUAAAGCUUUAUCUGAAAAGAAUGUCAGUGAGAAUCCUGACCCAUCACCCAGAGCUGAUUCACAAAGCACUACAGCCACACCCAGAGGAAUGAUGAGCCCUACAGCCACACCCAGAGGAAUGAUGAGCCCUACAGCCACACCCAGAGGAAUGAUGAGCCUUACAGCCACACCCAGUGGAAUGAUGACAAGUGUAAUGCCAGGCAGAGACUAUUCAUCCUCAGGUGAAUGCUAUGAAAAUGAUCCCAGCUCUCCACUGUCUAGCUCAAGCUCAACUGCAUCUUCAGCUCCUCAUAGAUUAGCUCCAGUAGACAACAACUGGCACUUUACUUUUGAACUCCCAUGGAGUAAAAUGCCAUCAGGGAUUAUGAGAAAACUCCAAAACAAAGAGCGGCCAACAGGACGGGAAAGGCGCGAGAUGAUCCGCCUGGUGGUAGGAGAGGUCCUAACCAUCUGCCCCACACCAGGGAAGAAACACUUUGAUGCAAUCGCUAGGAAGAUUGUUCAAGCCUACCCUCUGUCAUUCAAAGACGUCAUUGAAGGUCAAGUUGUGGGCAGUGGUUUUGAUUCAUUAACCAAGCAGCUGCAGAGCAGAGCUGACAAUCUUAAAAGGGGGAAAACCUCCCUUUCCUUAAAAAGACAAGCAUCUAGCACAAGUGAGGAGGGAGAAGAUGUACCUUUAAAGAAGAUCAGAGUCGAUACAUAUGGCUGUGUAAAUUGGCAACCAAAGCGAAUGCCACUGGGUGAAACCAUGGAGACACAGAAAUGUAUGAAAGAAGACUUAAAAAACAUGCACAAAAAUCGAAGCAAGGAUACCAAAAGUGUUGAAAAGAAAAUGGUGGCAACUUUCUUUACUCAAAGAAGUGACAUAAUAAGCGGAAUGGAAACCCCUCUUCUGAUCACAGAGUGGCCAUAUCUGUUCGAGAUGUGUGGCAUGAUUGCUCACUUUAAAGAACUAACAGGUGUGGAUGUUGAUAGAGAAGCUCUGUCAAGCAAAUGUGGGCGAGUCGUUUCAUAUCUCCUGUCCCGUGAGAAAAAAAAAAAAACUGAAGACAUCCUAACAGGUAUGGCAAUUGCCAAAGCUAAGCAUCUAGAUGCUGAUAUUCCUGCAUGUGUGAUGCUUCUUUUGAGCCAUUUCGGUGAAGACCAGGACAAGAUGUUCCUGACAGUUGAUGAAACAUGUCUGCCUUCUGAAGUUGAUCAGCUUCCAAGCACACCGUGCAUCGUUGUGUGUGGGAGUUCUGCCCUGACAUCUGAACACUUCAUGGUUGCAGUUGAUCAGACCAUCGUAAAUGGAAAUCUUACAGAUUUUGGCGAUGCCCUGGUACUGAUGUUUGCAACAUACUACUGCCUCAACAUCAGCUAUCCAGCAGAAAUGGCAGCAAGUCUGGAAUUCUUGCAGAGGUGCCUUUUCAAGAUCAACCCGGACAAGGGGAGCAAAGUCGAGAAAAGGGACUCCAAGAAAACACUAUCCAUCAAUCCCAAAGUUCUGUCUUUGAUAACCAAUAUUGCAGACUUUGAAUGGAGAGAGUAAAAGGCAUCUCGCAUAAAUUUUCAGAGAGACAUAUGGACAACAAAAGCAGGCACCAGUUUUUUUUUUAUGUUAACUUUUAAGACAGUUUCCUGUGAAAAGUAUAAAAAGGAUAUGCAUUCCGAGCAUGUUUGAUGGUUGCCCUUUUUCUUUGGUUGGAGUUCUUUAGGGGGAUUAUGUGUUGUAUAUGCGCGAGUUGAAUUUUUUUAUUCACCCUCCUGAGUUUGGAGUGAAGGGUGGAUGGCCCAGCUUUGUUUCUCUGCCACCUGUGACACUAGAGUAUUUUGCAUUUUUUCGAACUGAUAAAAAUUCUCACUAUUUUUCACAUUGAUAUUACAUACAGGUAGGUCGGCAGUAAAUAACAUUUUUAUAAUUGCGUAAGUUAUAAUUACUAUAAAAUAUAUAUAUAUAUAUUAUUUAAUUUAUUGUAUAGGUGUUAUUUGACUCAUUGAGUCUUAUAUUUUAUGUAUAAGCAAAAGUGUUGUAGAUAGUGAAUUUUUGGCCUUAAAAAUUACAACCAACAAAAGCAGGCACCACUUUUUUUUUUUUUUUUCUUUUUCUUUUUUUUCUUUUGAUGCUACGUUUUAAGACGGUUGCAUGUGAAAAGCAUAAAAAAGGGAUAUGCAUUCCGAGCAUGUUUGGUGGUUGCCCUUUUUCUUUUGUAGGAGUUCUUUAGGGAGAAUUAUGUUGAUUUGUUGGGCCUUAUGUGUUGUAUAUGUACGAGUUGAAUUUUUUUAUUCACCCUCUUGAGUUUGGAAUGGGGAGUGGAUAGGGUUACUGCCAAUGGAGCCGCUGCUCAGUGGGAACAUGGCCCAGCUUUGUUACUCUGCCCCCUGGGACACUAUAGUAUUUUACAUUUACAGAGUGGGUUUUUGACUUUAAAAAUUGCAACCAACAAAAGCAGGCACCACUUUUUUUUUUUACACACAUUUUAAGUUAUCUUGAAAGGAUAUGGAAGCCAUUGUUAAGUUUUUAUACUAAGCUGAACAAAGAAAUUGUUUUGUACUUUUAUAAUUAUAAUAAAAAUUAAAAAAGGAUUGGUAUAACUGUAACUGUGUAUUGUGAAAUAUUUUCCAAAUAUUAUUACAGGUAAUUGCUAUUACUACACAUCUAACAUUUUAGUUCAUAACAUUUAAAUGUAACACAUUUAGAGAUGGAAAUUGCAGUUUUUUUGACAGUUUAUUCUUGUAUUUGAAUAAUAAUAAUAAAAAAAAACCCUUGUAAUAUGUCUGACCUCCAUUUAAAACUUGGGCUUUCAUAAAGUAAUUUUUUUAAUGUGUAUUUUCUGUACAAACUGUCUUGAUUUUUUUUGUAGUAACAGUAGUAAUAUUCUGUACUUAAACUUGUUUAUCAUUGUUAAAGAUAAUUAUUCUGUUUUUUAAAGAGUGU